GGCGGCCUCGCGCUCCCCACGAGCCCGCGCCGCUGCGAGCCCGCGCGGCCAGGGAAAGCGCGCCCGGCUCGGGCGAAGCCUCGUCGGCGCCCCCGGCCUCCGCCUCCUCCGCGGCGCCGUCCCCGCGCCCGCGCCGAGCCCCCUCCUCGCUGGUCCCACACCUCCCUCUAGCGACUCCAGCCGCGUCCCUUCGCGGCUCUCCCGCCUCCCUCCCCCGCGCCCGGGUCUCACUGGCGCACACCCGUCUAGGGAGAGACCAGGUGGGUGGGAGAGGAUGUGCGGGGGAGCAGCCCGGAGAGGAUUUAGGUGAAUGAGGCGAGACGUCCAGAUCACCCAGUUCCACCCGCAAGGAGGCUCCUGCCCCAAUCGGGGGCUGACUUGGCGGGAAGAUGCGGGGAGCUCGUGCACUGCCCGGGGCUGCCGCCGGGGGUCGCGGAGGCCCCCAGCCCUGCUGCGGGCGCCGGGCACCAGGGACCACUCCACGCCGGCUCCCGCGCCGCCGUGGCCGGGUGGCAGGGCGAGGGGCGCAGCCCCUUCCCCUCGGGGCCGCUCGGCGUCGGCACAGCGGAGGCCGGAUGUGGGCACCUGCCUGCUUCCAGAGAGGGGUCCCAGCCGCGCCCGCCCCGCCCGGCGCGGGUCUCUCCCUCCCUCGCAGCCCCUUUAGGAGGGGCGACGCCCGCCGUGCGCCACGUUUCACUUCUGAUAUGACUGCCACCCGCUCUCCACCGCCCCCGCCGUGCACCGGGCUGGCUUGCCCAGACUCUGGCAAUCCCCAAAGGCCUCUGCCGCGGCCCAGAGAGCUAAGAGCAUCAAAGCAAAAACGCCGCCGCUCAGUCACACCUUCCCUUCCGAGCAACUCCCCUGCAACCUCGAUGAGAAAACAAGAAGAGACCUGUGCAUGCAAAGGGAGGGGCAAAGUAAGGAAUGAAACCCAGGUAAAUAUGAAGGACCAAGAAUGGCCACGGCAACCUGGAAGGAGGAGAAUAAGUUGGAGGAUUUACCCUCAAUAUGGAAUUCAUAAACCACAUGUUGCAUUGGUCCAAGAGCAAUGGAUAAAGAAGCGUCUUCAGCCGAUGGGACUCGGUCCUUUGGAUGUCCACAUGAAACAAAGUGAAUCACACCAUACACAGUUUCUCGUGAUAUUUUUGGAGAAAACCUAGGAAGAAUAAAGUUCAACAUAGGAAAUCUGAAAGAUGAGUCUUCAUGGGAGCCUUUUAGAAAGGAACCAAGUCACUUCUGGAGGAAGACCUCGUCUGGACGGUUUGCAGAUCAAGCCAGCCGCAUUUGAAAAGAGGAAUGAAGCUUCAAUAUGACUUUCCAUUUCGUUCACUUUAUAUAUGAAGAAAAACGAGGGCCCUCUCGACAUUUGUUCUUGUCAAGAAAAGGAAAAUUGAGGCAUCAUUCAAAAUACACAUGAUUCCAACACUUGAAGCACUUGCUGAAGAACAACAACCAUCUAAACAACCAACCAACUAGCUAAAAACUCUUUGUAAUGACAAGAGAUUUUCACAUAUUGAGGUAUAUGGAGCAACUAUUCGAAUUCAAAACUGAUUCGGCUUGAAUUAUGGCCUAUCAAACAUACAUUGUACAUCUGCCUAAUCAUCAAAGUAAAGAAUGCACUCUCUUAAGAGAAGGGAGCUGAUUCUGCCUCCCUCCCCUCUAACACCCUGCAAGGAAGUUAGGAUGGUAAUGGUUGCAGAGCGAAGAAGAGCGAAAAGAGAAUGCAGAAUAGAGGUCGGCUCUAAUUGUGUGCCCUACUUAAGUCUGUGCUCUUUCCAUUUACAUCAUUCAAGUCCCACAAGCAGGAAACAGAAACAUGCAGCUGUGAUCCAUGGGCCAGAAAACCAUGACUCCUACUGCUCUAGGAUAGGAGGCCUGGCCCUGGGAGGCUUCGAUGCACAGCUGCACUGCCAAAGUCAGCUCAACUACUUCUCCAUAUUUGGGAUGCUAAAUUUUGCUGCAAAACCCUAAAUACCUCCAUAACCAUGUUUUCUGGCAACAGCAAAUUGAGAAGCCUAGAAACGACUUCCUCCUCACUUCUGCCUUCCACGUUUUGCAUAAGUACAUCAUGUUGUCAGCACCUAAUUUGCACUCAGAACCCUAACUGCAAAGGACUCUGCGGAAUUGUAGCUUUCAGGUUGUCAGCCUGUGAAUGAUGCUGUAGCGAGAGGAGGGGAUACCUCCUGAGCAACCCAGUCCUUAGUGUUUGCCCUUUCCUUAAAUCAUGGCACCUUUUGUACCUCAAGCUUGAAUCUUCACUUGGAAAUGCGAUCCUUCAUUUGGUAAGUCUGGAUAAGCAGAAGGUUUGUCUGAGAUCUUUUGGGGUUUGAGUUACCCCGUAUUUUUUGCCACAUAAGUUACUGCCCACAGCAUUUAAAAGUAAGGUGGACUUUAAAAACAGAUACCUAUAAGCAGAGUGGAGAAAUGACUGACUUACCUGGGAGUCAGAAACCUGAGGUUUGUGUGUAUGCUUUUUCCCUCCAGGUUCCCAAUAAUUGCGUGUCACCUUCAACGAGAUAGCUAACAUCUCCGGACUUUUCAGUGUUUUCUCCACUAUAACAGAAAUAAUGGUUCUCGUCACGUCUCUGCCUCUAGGGGUGUUGUCAGAAUUAAUGAGACACCAGGGUGAAAAGCUUUCCACUUUCUUUCCCUCAGAGAAUGCUGGAAUGUAAAUAAAAGUAAUAUCUCUAUUUUGUGAACACUUUUCCCUUCUGUAUGUCUUAAUAACCUUCAGAAAAGGUUUUUUGAAGCAGCAGCAAUUAUCGUAGAUGUUACAUAUAAUAAAGGAACCGUAGCUGCCAGGAGAAACAAAGGAAGAAUGAAACCUUGAGUCAGAGGAAGUCUGCUCCUUGCUUACUCUAAUGGCAUCGGUAGGAGGGCUGGCAUUAUCACAAGGGAAACAUUACUGUUCAGAGAGCAUGUGAAAGUAGGAGGAGAAACGACUAAUUAAAGUUGCCGUGCUGAAAGUAGAAAAAGAAAAGAGAUGCUGACUGCCGACACGUUGCUGAAAUGUUCUUAGGCAUACUGGAGGGAGAAGACGAGAGCUGGAGGUCAAAAUGUUCGUGCAUUCGGGUUGAACUGCUCAAAGCAAUGAGAAUAAUAUCACUGCUCAUCAUACCCAACUGGAAGUUAAACUUUAAUAAGAUAAAAAUGUUCUCAGCAAUUUCUUUGAUUAAUUAAUUAGCCAAUGAAUUGUCUGUUAACGUAGGCAACAUGUUCUGUAUCAA